GACGCAGAGACACUCAGCAUCUGUACCGAGCCGAGAAGACCGAGUCAUAUUCAACGGAUUUUGCUUAAAAAUAAGAAAAAAGAAAAGCGGCUGCCAUCAUGUAUGGUUUUGUGAAUCACGCCCUGGAGCUCCUCGUUUUAAGGAAUUACGGCCCGGAAGUGUGGGAAGAUAUCAAGAAGGAGGCUCAGCUUGAUAUUGAGGGUCAGUUCCUUGUUAGAAUCAUAUAUGAAGAUGGCAAAACAUACGACCUUGUUGCUGCUGCAAGUAAAGUUCUGAAGAUCGAUGCAGGAGACAUCUUGCAGAUGUUUGGGAAGAUGUUUUUUGAAUUUUGCCAAGAAUCGGGAUAUGACACCAUCUUGCGUGUGUUGGGAUCAAAUGUUCGUGAAUUCCUGCAGAAUUUGGAUGCUCUACAUGACCACUUGGGUACCAUUUAUCCUGGGAUGAGGGCUCCCUCAUUCCGCUGCACCGAUGCAGAGAAGGGGAACAAUCUGAUUCUUCACUACUACUCGGAGAGAGAAGGCCUACAAGACAUUGUGAUUGGCAUCAUUAAAACUGUCGCUCAACAAAUCCAUGGGACAGAGAUAGAGAUGAAGAUGAUCCAACCGAAAAGCAAGGAGUGUGACCACAUCAAGUUUCUGAUUGAGGAGAAGGACUCAGAGGAAGAGGCUUUCUACGAGGACCUGGACGGGUUCGAGGAGAACGGCACACAGGAGACCCGGAUCAGUCCGUACACGUUUUGCAAGUCCUUCCCGUUCCACCUGAUGUUUGACAGAGACCUGAUGCUCACACAGUGUGGGAACGCCAUUUAUCGAGUCCUGCCUCAGCUCCAGCCUGGCACCUGUAUCCUCCCUUCAGUUUUUUCUUUGGUCCGCCCUCACAUUGACUUCAGCUUUCAUGGCAUCCUUUCCCACAUUAACACCGUCUUCGUUCUGCGCAGCAAGGAGGGCUUGCUGAAUGUGGAGACUGUAGAGAAUGAGGACGAGCUGACGGGGGUGGAGAUCAGCUGUCUGAGAUUGAAAGGACAGAUGAUUUACUUGCCAGAGGCGGAGAACAUCCUUUUUCUUUGCUCACCCAGUGUUAUGAACCUGGAUGAUCUCACACGAAGGGGGCUUUACCUGAGCGACAUCCCGCUUCAUGACGCCACGCGUGACCUGGUGCUGCUUGGGGAGCAAUUUCGUGAGGAGUACAAGCUGACCCAGGAGCUGGAAAUCUUGACAGAUCGUCUGCAGCACACACUCAGGGCCCUGGAGGACGAGAAGAAAAAGACAGACAGAUUGCUCUAUUCCGUUCUGCCACCGUCUGUUGCCAACGAGCUGCGACACAAGCGGCCUGUCCCAGCAAAACGCUACGACAACUUGACCAUCCUUUUUAGCGGCAUUGUGGGAUUCAAUGCCUUCUGCAGCAAGCACGCCUCGGCGGAGGGAGCCAUCAAGAUAGUCAACCUGCUCAAUGAUGUUUACACACGUUUUGACAUCUUGACAGACUCUCGGAACAACCCUUAUGUAUACAAGGUGGAAACAGUUGGUGAUAAGUACAUGACAGUGAGCGGCCUACCAGAGCCGUGCACACACCACGCCAAGUCCAUCUGCCAUCUCGCUCUUGAUAUGUUGGAGAUUGCUGGACAAGUCAAAGUGGAUGAUCAACCAGUGCAGAUUACUAUUGGGAUCCACACAGGAGAAGUGGUGACUGGGGUGAUUGGCCAGAGGAUGCCCAGAUAUUGCCUUUUUGGAAAUACGGUCAACCUCACAAGUCGUACAGAAACUACUGGCGAAAAGGGAAAAAUAAAUGUCUCAGAAUAUACAUACCGGUGUUUGCAGUCUGCGGAGAACGCUGACCCUCAGUUUAAUUUGGAGUACCGGGGCCCCAUCACCAUGAAAGGAAAGAAGGAACCGAUGAAGGUGUGGUUUCUGUCGAGGAAGCCCACCGACACACAGUCCACCACAGUUAGUUAAAGCUUAACUGUUCAGAUUCGACACUAAAACACCACGACUUUCAUUUAAUAGUAGCUUCAGUAAAUUGCAUAAAUUGUGAGGCAGAGAUUAGAAGGACCAGGUAAAACAAAAAAUGAUAAUCUAUCCACAGACAUACAGAUAUUUUUAUUAUGAUUAGCCUGUACCGUUGCUCUCCCGGCUUGUUUCAGCUUGACCAUGAUCUGUUGUGACCUCACUAUAUUUUUUUAGCAUAGACACGGUAGUGAAGUGUUUUAUAAAUAGUAGAGGUUAGUGAUAUUCAAGUUUAAUACAUUUUUUGACUAGGUACUCUCAAAUUGUUAUUGUACAUAUGCUGCUGUAAUCCUGCAAAUUUCCCUGCUGCGGGACUAAUAAAGGAUUAUCUUAUUCUAUCUUAUCUUAUAUUACAUAAAAUCACUGUAGGUUUUGAUAAGCAAAACAUCUUCCAUCUAUCUUAAAUAUUUUUUAGUUCUCAUUUAGUCAUAAACUGUAUUUGUUCUGUAUUAUGGAUUUAUAGUAUUAUCUCUAUCAGCCCAAAUAACUAAUGAGAGUGUUAUAAAAAUUGUUUAGCUUGAUAUCAUGUUUGUGCCAAAACAUUACUGUCACUGUUUGAGUGACCCAUUUUUUGUUCAUUGCCUGGGAGAGUUUUUACACUGAACAUGUUACACUGGCAUAAAUACUAUUAAAAUAAAUACAAAUGUAGAUAUUAUAGCUGUUGUAUUUAUAUAGAUUUAUACCACCAAGUUUAACAGAUCUUUGGCACAAAAGCUACUGUACUAAGUAGAGUUUAUUUUUAAUUUCUUUAUUUUUUAAAAGUCACAAAUGAUAGAUGUUGAGCGUAGCAUCAUCAUGUAGCUCUGUGAUCAUUAAAAAUAUAUAUACACACUACUUUAUUUGAUAUACUGAUUGCACCUCUUUAAUCACUUUGCGUCUGCUUUUAUGAAAUAAGUAGUAUUUUCAGUUUGACUAAACGUUGUUGAGUUAUUCUUAAUGAUCUACAUAUUUAUUGUUAAAAUUGUGUUAUUUGGUAUUUAUUCUUUUAUUGUCAUAAGAACUAGUAACAAGUAAACUUUAUUAUGGGUAAAACUGCUGUUUGAGCCUCUAUAAGUUCAACUAUGUGCUGUAUGUGUUGGAUACAUUUCGCAUUAGUAAAUGUAACAAACUUUUUUCACCCUAUUUUUCCAAAGUCAGCAUUAAUACACUUCACAUAAUGUCCUUUUGAUGAUUCCUCUCCACCCUGUAGCUUCCUGUGUAAGAAACAAACAGGUGCCUCUUGUACUGUACGAGUGCAUUUCUGUGCUUGUGAGACAUGGCUGCUUCUGCUGGGAGGUAACUAA